UUAUUCUCAAGAAAAUUUGUCUUUGCUCCUGUUGAAAAGGAAUAAACCUUGCUCCUACCGUAAGAGUCUUACAAGCUUUAUAUUUUCAUGAAAUACUGAAAAGAAUCGAGCUUUGGCUGCAGGCCGAGCGGGCGAUUCGUAGCAGCCUAGUCCGUGACUUGAUUGAAAGAAAGGAAACCUUUCCAAGUUUUCCAGGAUCCCGAGCUUUUUGUCCAACAAAUGAGCAGCUUCGAGCCUUCAAUGCCGGAUACCUUUCUUACAUCCGCCGGCGAGACGCCGUCAACGUCCUCUGAUCUCAACUCAUCCUCACGCAUAAUAUGCCGCGUAUGUCAAAAGCAAUUUUCACUGUAUACCUGCCCUCGAUGCAACACACGUUAUUGCUCUCUUCUGUGUUAUAAGUCACAUAGCCUUCGUUGCACUGAAUCUUUUAUGAGGGAGAAUGUUAUGGAGGAACUGCAACAAUCGCAGCCAGAUGGGAAAAGUAAAAAGAAAAUGGUGGAAAUACUGAAACGAUUGCAUUCUGAAGAAGAGAUGGAAUCUUUAGAUGAAGAUGAACCACAGUUCUCAUUGUCUGAAGCAACCAUUCAAAAGGUCCUAUCAGGAGGCGAGAUAAGCCUAGAUGAUUUAUCUGCCGAAGAACAGAAACAAUACCGGAAAGCAAUGGCAUCAGGAGAGUUGAGCAAAUUGAUAAAGCCAUGGGACCCAUGGUGGGCCAACCCAUCAGCCCAAUAUAUCUCUCUCGGCCACGAUGGAACUCAACUUGUCCAGCCACUUUCAUCUAAAAAGCAGGAAGAAGAAACAGAUCUUUUGCCCGACAUUCCACCCGGCCCUGAAUCUCCCCUACCCUCAGUCACUAAGCUGAGUGCUUCCCCACCAUCCCCACUAUUGGCAGUCCACCUGGCUGACAUUGUAUACAGUUACUGUUUCACACUCCGUAUAUACAACGGCGACUGGAAGUCAGAUCCUAUUGGAUCUGCCACAGUUUUGCUCACUGUGUCUCGUGUUCUUGGUCAAGGUGGAUCCCAGCCAGAAACUGUACUGGAGGCUCUUUCACAUUGUCUGGAGCAAACAUGCUCUCCUCCUCUCAGACACAUGGGUGGCCUACAAUUCGGAUCCAGACUAAUGGAAGAUGUGGUCGGGCUUCUCAACCUUGGUGGUUCAGCAUUGGUAUGCUUGCUUUGUGAUCUACAAAGGCUGAUUCGGUCAGCAGAGGAAGAACUGAGUUCAGGCAUUAUUAAACAGCCCAAAUCUGAAAGGUUGGAGAUCAAGAAAAAGCUCAAGUCUGCUGAAAGAAAGGUUUAUUUCAUUAUGUGCUGGGUUCAUGAGCAGCCAAAGGAAGGAUGGCCUUCCUUAGCCGCGGUUGUCAAGGUGGAGAUGAGCCAAACCAUGGGAUAUGUUGGAACUGGGGCAUGUUUCCGGGAGGAGAAAACCGAAAGCGUUCAGAAUAAGCCCUUUAUCAAGGAAAUUUAAUGACACAAUCACGUCUUUUAACUAAAUGUGGUGUACUAAUUUGAGCUUAUUUGUGUACUCAUACGUUGUCCGAAAACUUUGUGAGUUACCCCUCCCUCGCUAGCAUAAAUUAUUUGCUAGACAUGAAAUGUAAACUUUUUGUACACUUGCUAAAGACAAAGGUGAAAAGGGCCGGUUCUAUUAAUGAUGGAGACGUUCAGUUUGCAUAUAAA